AUGGUAGAUGUAGAUGGUUCAUUGCUUUGUGGUGAAGAUGAAGAUGUACCAGUGGAUUUUUUGGAUAAAAGUUGUAUUUCAAAGAUCCUUGGAUCAAACCCCUUGAUCAGAAAAACAUCAAAACAUAACGCGUCAUUAUUUAAUGAAUACAAUAAAACAAAUGAUGGUCGAAUUAUAAUUAAUGAAUCUGAUGAGGAAUCUUUAUCUCAAGGCUCCGAUACUGAAAUGGGUGAAGCGGAGAAUUAUUAUUCUGCAGCACAACGAUCUAGUGUUGGCUUUACACGCGGUCAAGGAAGUAAAGUUAAAUUCAACAAGGGGCAAAGAGACGAUGAUAUGGACUUGGAUGUUAUCGAACCUAUCGAUGCUAUUACGAAAAGAAAUAAAAAGAAUAAAUCUAAACGAAAUGCUAUCACAGUUGGUAGAGAAUAUAAAGCAGAAAAGGCAGAAGGUGAUGUGAAACGGAAGGGAAAACCAGAUCCUUACGCUUACGUUCCACUUACGUCUAUGUACAGAAAGAAAGGUCAAAAAGGAACUAAAAUUUCAUUAACAAAUGGAAAG